GAACGUAUAACGUGCCACGUGAAUAUUAGUUUUGUUUAGUUCGAUUUUUAAGGAACAUUCUCCUGCUCUUUCCAGAUAAGUUGCACCAGUCUGAAUCAACGCGAAUCCUGCAGGUGAAUCGUUUUACCUGAAGGCCAUGUGAACUUUGAUCAAACACACAACUGGGUGAUCCCACCACUACAACAUCACCUCAAAUGCUGAAGAUUAUUGCGCCGGACGCCUGAAUCAUACGAGGGCAUGGAGCGAAGAGACGUAAUCUUAACGGCUGUAUUCGGAACAUUAGGGGCACUUGGGGUUUUGGUGGGCCUAGCAUUUGCUGGAUGGCUGUAUCUUCGAACUAGACGGUCGAAGCAAAGAGACAGUGACCUAGAAGAACAAAAUGAAAAUGUUGAAGGUGCUAGUGGCAGCCGACCACAAACUAUCAAGAAAAAUGGCUUCCUAAAUCUCAGGACACCCUUAAUUAGUACCAAAACUUUGGGAGCGCAGUUAGAAACAACUGCUAAUCCUGGCAGCAAAUCGCCGGCGGGGGGUAGUGGUGUACCUGCGGGUGGUGUCGUCGGGGCAAGUGAACCACGAACUCCUACCGCAGGACUGCAAAACAAGCAACUUCAAAAUGUGAAAGGAGAACAUCCAUCGAAAGCGUUUCUUCAGAGCAGAUCGAUAUCCCUGGUAGAUAUGUACAUCGAUAAUUCGGAGCCUAGCGAGAACGUGGGACAGAUCCACUUCAGCUUAGAGUAUGAUUUCCAGAAUACGACCCUCAUCCUACGUAUUAUACAGGGUAAAGAUCUACCGGCCAAGGAUCUGUCCGGAACGUCUGAUCCUUACGUGAGGGUAACUCUCCUACCAGAUAAAAAACAUCGUCUUGAAACGAAGAUUAAAAGGCGGACUUUAAAUCCGAGGUGGAAUGAAACCUUUUAUUUCGAAGGUUUCCCUAUUCAAAAGUUGCAGAGCAGAGUUCUGCACCUUCAUGUUUUUGAUUAUGAUCGGUUUUCACGGGACGACUCCAUAGGGGAAAUGUUUCUGCCGCUAUGUCAGGUCGACCUUUCAGAGAAGCCUUCAUUUUGGAAAGCCCUUAAACCGCCUGCAAAGGAUAAAUGCGGCGAACUUCUGUGCUCUCUAUGCUACCACCCCAGUAAUUCCGUGCUAACAUUAUCGCUUUUAAAAGCAAGAAAUCUCAAAGCAAAAGAUAUUAAUGGAAAGUCAGAUCCAUAUGUAAAAGUAUGGCUGCAGUUUGGCGAAAAACGAAUCGAGAAACGCAAAACGCCAAUAUUCAAGUGCACGCUAAAUCCAAUAUUCAACGAGUCAUUUUCCUUCAAUGUCCCAUGGGAGAAAAUUAGGGAGUGUUCGUUGGACGUUAUGGUUAUGGAUUUUGACAACAUUGGUCGGAACGAGCUCAUCGGGCGUAUUCAAUUAGCAGGGAAAAACGGAAGUGGAGCAAGUGAGACGAAACACUGGCAGGAUAUGAUCACAAAGCCCAGGCAAACCAUCGUUCAGUGGCACCGUCUUAAGCCUGAAUAAACCACCACUUCCACUCCGUCGAGUUUAGUUCCUUUCAUGUACGUAACUCACAUCCUGAUGUACAAGUGAUAACAUGAAAAUCAUAUAUGUUCUCUAGCGUGUUAUUCAUCAAAAUCUACCAUGUUUCUGCUCCAAGGGACGCAAAGCAUACGAGAAAAUGGUUACAGGGUGAUGAAGACAGAAAUGCUAGAGGACAGCGAAGGAAAACGAGGAAACUGUAUGUAAAGAUAGGCAAUGGUAUACAAGAAAUGAAAUUGAAAAGGCUAGAGAAUCAAUCGGGAAUAGUUUGAAGAAUAGGAAAGGUUUCUGAACAGAUAAGAAAAGAGCUUGAACACGAUGUCAGAAAGUUCAUUCUCUCGAAUAAUCUUAUUCCUCGUUCCCUUGUCGUCAUGAUAAACUGACGACUGACAUCGUACUACCCAGUGCCAGACUUUAAAAUCGCUAUGAAAUACUACCUUUGCGAAGAUUUUCACGCAGAAAACCUUUCUGUAACAUAAAUGAAAAUUGAGCUUCUAAAGCAUCCUGACCGCACAGUCAAUAAAAUCCUCUUCAAGAAGAAUUUAAUCUCGUUGACGAAGAGGGAUGAAAUCCAUGGAAGGUUUUUUUUGUGAGAAUCGUCGCCUCGUGACUAAUUAAGUAAUUUUCUAGCUCGGUAAUAAGAAGUCUUGUAAGUAUAUAAUGUGUUAAAGAAAAUUUUCUCGUGCGAAGGUAGAACGCUUUUGCGAUGUUACCAUACUGACAACAUCGAACGUUAUUUCUACGAACGAUAAGAUCCAGCGUUACUGAACAUCAUUUCUUGUGGUCAUCAUAAUCUGCAAAUGGUCACAGGCCGUAAUCCAUAUAUUCGAGGGAAUGUAGUAUUAGGGCAAGCUUUCUUCGCGAUCCUUUUUUGAAUUCACUACUUGGAACAGAAAUUUUAAUUUUAAUCAAGGCUUUUUUCUUUGAAUUCAAUUUGUUCAAACUUGACUAGUUUAUGCAAGUUUGACAGGAAGUUUGCCUGUGAUAAAUUUUCGAGUUUUUCUUUCUUAUCUGUAAAUAGGAACAACUUGAAAACCAAUUCAAGUAGUGAACCAUCAAAAAUCGAUAUCUUCAUUACUCUUACUAAAACCGGACUUUCUCCUCUAGUUUCCGUGCAGAAAUCAUCCCUAUCUAAUUUUUGGACAAAUUUUUGAUUGCCAGUGUGCGAAGGCAUAAGCAAGAUAAAAUGCAUUCUAGUAUUCAAACCCUAAAGCGAAUGUGUUACUACAGAUGAAAAAAGCGACGGGAACUUUUAUUCAGAGUCGCAAGUCGAUAGAUCAAAAAGCUUUCAAUAAAAAGAACUGACAUUUGAUCUCUUUUUGAGACAUCAGAUCAUUUCUUAAUAUAGGAAGACGGUAUUUCCUAUCGAGAGCCUUUGAACAGAUGAUCCUGAUACUAAAGUGUUUAGACCAUAUCACUGGUACAUAAACUUUUGAUUAUUAGCAGCAAUUGAUAAAAAGGCAAAAUAUUUUUGACGGAACUUUUGUAUUGUAGAAUCAAAGAAAAAAAAAAUGAAAAAAAAGGA